CAAGAUCCUUCACAUUGACACAAUGAUUGCUCUCCUGCUAAGUUUGGUAGCUGCGGCAUCUGCUGCACCGAGUGAACCCGUACCAGCAUAUUUCAAUCCCGGACCAUUCAUUGUAAAUGGAGACAUUGCCGAUGCUCAUGAGUUCCCACAUCAGCUGUCUCUUCAAAGUGGAACAUCGCAUAUCUGUGGUGCUGUCCUUACCCAUCCAACAUGGGUAAUUACUGCUGCCCAUUGCGUGACUUCGAGUGGAUACCGAGUUGUUGCUGGAGCUACCGAAAGGAACAGAUAUAGUGCCAGUGGACAAGAACAGGUUUCAGAUGUUGCCGAAGUUAUUAUGCAUCCGGAUUUCGUCCAGGAUGGUUCACGUGGCUUCCCCAAUGACAUCGCCCUUCUGCGCCUUGCAACUCCGAUUAAUCUCAACUUUGCCCGUGCCACGAUCCCACUCGCAAGUGGAAGUACUGACUUCGCUGGCCAACUUUGUGAUAUCUCGGGAUGGGGUGACGUCACUGCGGGAGACGGAAUUUCUGCAACAUACCUAAGGAAAGCGACUCUUUCAAUACUGAGUAAUUUUGAAUGCGGCCUUUACUGGAGCCAAAUUCGACAGUCUUACCACAUCUGUAUUUACGAUAGCAGGGAUAGACAGGGGUCUUGCCAGGGAGACUCAGGUGGGCCGAUGACAUGCUCAGAGGGAGGACAGGACGUAGUUGCUGGCGUGACGAGCUGGGGAGUCGUCGGAUGUUUGGGAAUGCCAAAUGUAUAUACAAGAGUAGCCACAUAUAGGUCAUGGCUAUGCAGCAACAGCCAAGGAAAUGUUGGCUGCUAAUAACACGUGGUUCUUACUAGUAUAUAGUGCUGCAUUUUACUAAUGAAAUAAAUUAAACUCCCGUUUUCAUCAUGCUAAGAAAAUGUGCAGUUAAAAUGACAACUUCGCAUUUUGUCCAUUGAACCACAUUGUAUAGUAAAUAUGCUUGUCACAAUCAUUUCAGGAAAUAAAAAUUGAAAGCUCUUA